UCGUCGGCGAAGGCAGCGCGUGCGCCGUUGAAGCUGAGGAGAGGCCUUAGCGGUCCAAAGCUUGUUUGCGCCCCCCAGGCUUUGGAUAUGAUCCUCGAUUUGGAACCAGAUGAAGAGCUGGAGGAUAACCCUAACCAGAGUGACUUGAUUGAACAGGCAGCUGAAAUGCUCUACGGACUUAUUCAUGCCCGCUAUAUCCUCACAAACCGCGGUAUUGCCCAGAUGCUUGAGAAAUACCAGCAGGGAGACUUUGGAUACUGCCCUCGAGUUUAUUGUGAGAAUCAGCCUAUGCUGCCCAUCGGUUUGUCUGAUAUCCCAGGGGAAGCUAUGGUCAAACUGUACUGCCCCAAGUGUAUGGAUGUCUAUACUCCCAAAUCUUCCCGCCAUCAUCACACGGAUGGUGCGUAUUUUGGAACUGGUUUUCCUCACAUGUUGUUCAUGGUGCAUCCUGAAUAUCGGCCGAAGCGACCAGCCAAUCAGUUUGUGCCCAGACUUUAUGGAUUCAAGAUUCAUCCUAUGGCUUAUCAGCUGCAGCUUCAGGCCGCCAGCAAUUUCAAGAGCCCAGUCAAAACUAUCCGUUGAUCUUCUGUAUCCAGGUGCCCAGGAUCCUUCCCUGAAAACUUACUUUACUCCAUUCAGGGCUGCUCAUACUUUGGUUUUUGGUGAAGUCCCCUAUGGACUGUUUGUCACUUUCAGCCUGAUUUUUAGUCUCAUUUCUGGUUUGUGGUUAAAAUGAAUAAUAAAACAAUUUCUGUUAAUUCCCAGAAACACAGACUGUGACAGAUACAUUCAGUAGUCAAUUUGAAUGUCAUGAUUUUGUGAGGCUUUUUUUUUUCUUUUUUAGGAAUAAAAAAAAUAAAAAAUGUAAAAGGUUAGAAUUAAGGGUUGUUUUUUGUCCAAGGGAAAGGACUAAAUUGUGGCAAGGAAUGCUAUAGAAAAAAGUAAAGAAUCAAAGAAAAAAUACAUGUGAUUAUACUAGAAAUACAAACCUGAAAGCACUGAAUUGGUUUGGCAGAAUCUCAGAUUCUAAAUUGUAAAUGUAAUAUAACCUACCAGUCGUGCAUUUUUAUUUCACAAUAAUCGUCCACUUGAGUAUGUUUAUAAGGAGCAUAAAUAGACUUUUAAAUAAAU